AUGUCGAAAUAGUAAUGGACACUAUUGACUACAGACACUUAAAAACUAUAAUUAUUUGGUAUGCAAGCCAAAGUCACAACAAAUUAUGGUGAUGUAUUUCAAGGCCUCAUAUAUUAUUGCGAUGAAUCAAUCAUUAUUUUAAAAAAUGAAGAGGACUUCUUUUUAAUCAAUCAACAAUAAAUAUAAGAUUUGCAAACUAUUGAUAUUCAAGAUCCUAAAUAAACGUUAUCAAAUUUAUUGGCAAUCGAUUUGGCAGCUAUGGCAUAAGAGAUGAUAAAAAAGGAGAUGAAAGAACCUCAUUAACAAUUAUUCGAUCAUCUAUAAAAAUUGUAUAGAGAUGUUGAUUGGAAAGAUUAGGAGAUCAUUAUUCCAUCUAUUUCGAUAAGGAUUUCACCGCCUUAUAAAUCAGAUAAUAUCUCAGGGGAUAAUAAAUUGGGAGUUGAAAGACUAAGGAAAAUUGUUGAUAAAUAUGCCAAAAAUUUUUGA